AUGGCUGCCCUGGCCCAGGCUCCAGUACCUGGUUGUCCCCGUCAUCAGGGGAAAGGAUUUGUAUACGUCUGUAAAUCGUGUAACGACCAGUUGAUUUGUAUGGAGUGUGUUACAGGCAGUCACAACGGUCACACAUUGGGAAAACUUACUGAAUACGUGGAGAGCCAGAAACGGGAAAUACAACAGUAUGUUGACAAACUCUCCAAGGUCGACAUUCCGAAAGUUGAGGAAGAUAUUCGGGAGAAUGAGACAAACGGUGGACAAUAUCAGGCAGCUAUCAGAGACAUUAAACGUCAGGGGGAAAAGAUGAAAGACGAUAUCGACAGAAAUAUCGAUAUGUUAGUGAACAUGUGUACCGAGUUAGAAAAAUUAAAUGCAACUAUUUCUGAGAAAAAUAAAACAGCAUUAAACAAACAUCUGAACAAGGACUUGAAACCAAAACUACACAGAACUCGUGGGGUUCUGGCAUCUGGUACCACCGCUGACGUCACAAUUUUAGCGCGGGAAAUUAGGAAUACAUCCAUUGUACCACCUACUCUCAGAAAGUUGCAGAAAGUGGAAUUCAAAUCCGGGACCAUCUCCAAAGAACUGCUGGAACAUAUGCUCGGUAAGAUACUAGUCGACGGAGAGGAUCAGUCUUGCAAACCGAUAACUGCUCCUGUGAUUCUGAACAAAAUUACACCGUCAUUUGAUUACAAUACGUGUCAGGCACAUCUUACUGGUGACGAGGCGUGGCUAUCGUUCUGGGACAGUGAUAGAGUGUACCGAGUGGAUACAAAAGGCAGAGUGAAGGAGAAGAUACAGUGUAAGGUUAAAGUCGAUUCGAUAUCCAUAUCCCCGACCACGGGCAGGGUGUGGUUCUGUGUGUGUGAUGACAGAAGUAUCCGGGAAAUCACGACAGGUGGUGAUAAUGUUAAACGAUUUAACGUCACCGACACGCCACGUUCUCUUUGUAUGACCAGUGAUGACAUGGUAGUGGUUGGGAUGGAGGGAGGAAUACAGCUGUUCACUACAGACGGACGGGUGGUAUCAUCUAGAGCGGGAGGUCCUUGUAGACAGGUAGCAGUUCUUCCUCAUCAGAUAACGUCAUGUAAACAGACCGGUGACGUAGCUGUUGUUGACAGUGAUGGCGUGUCGUAUGAUAGCUACAUGGCUGGUAAAGGACCAGACAAACAACCGUACGUCAUCGUGAUGGAUAAACACCUCAACCUAAAGUUUCACUGUAAAGACAUCAGUGCGACCAAUCCAAUCCGAAGUUCUACUCAGUCAUCAAAGUUUUAUCCGUACGAUGUUUGUUUUGAUGGAGCCGGUGAUGUCCUUGUAACGGAAUGGAUCACCAAGUCAGUACUACUGAUUGACAGGAACACUGGACACUGUAUGAGGACUGUUUAUACAUCUGACGGAGUAGAACCUUUGUGUAUCAGUCUACAUGAGGACGGUACCUUCUGGGUAGGACACAGGGACAGGAAAAUAAAGAUUUUCCAGUAUAUAAGACAAGUUACCGUCUAA